AUGGAGCUGGAUGGAGGCAGUGUGUUCACGGGCUCACCCUGUGAUCCCACCUUCAUCCUGGACUGCGCUCCUUGCAAUGUGAUCUGCUCCAUUAUUUUCAAGAACCGGUAUGACUACCAAGAUCCAGAUUUUCUCACCUUGAUGAACAAGUUCAAUGAAAACAUGAGGAUUAUGACCUCUACAUGGGCGCAAGAAAAGGACAAUCAAGGGUUGGAGUAUACGUAUGACAACUUGGUAACUGCUGCCUCUGAUUUGUUUGGUGCUGGCACAGAGACAACAAGCACAACACUGAGAUAUGCUCUCCUGCUCCUGCUGAAGCACCCACAGGUCACAGGUAUGAACACAGAUGAGGACAUAUUGUGUUUUUUGUUUGUCACAGGAAAACGGAUGUGUGUGGGAGAGAGCCUGGCCCGCAUGGAGCUGUUUUUAUUUCUGACUACCAUUUUACAGCACUUUCAUCUGAAAUCUCAGGUUGACCCAAAGGAACUCGAUACCACCCCAAUAGUCAAUGGAUUAGCCUCUCUUCCUCCCUUAUACAAGAUCUGCUUCAUUCCUGUGUGAAACAGAGCAGACCAUGUGGCUGCUGCUGUGCUCUUGUC